AACAAUUUACAUAACCCAUCAACAUUCCAAUCUCUUUCUCUUCUCUCCCAAGCUUUGACUCUAUACCAAAGCUUAUAUUUGACUCCUUGCUAGUGAGACCUCGCCCCAUAAAAACCAAGCAAUCACCAGGAAAAUCAUCACCUCCUUCCCCAUUCACAAUCCCUCAGGCCUCUCUCUCCUUCUCUAUAACUAGCUAGCUACUAGCUGGCAUAUCCCGCUUCUCCUUUGUCAAUGAAAAUAGAAGGGUAUAAUCACAUGAACACCAUGAUAACUCCUUCUUCUUCUUCCCCAACAUCACCUACAACCUUUGUUCAAGCAGACACAGACAGUUUUAGAGACCUUGUCCAGAAAUUAACCGGUUUAGCUAGUGACACGCAACAACUUCCGGCAACAGGAAUACUCUCCUCAUCAAAACCAUUUCAUAGUCCCGUUGACUUCACCGGCCCACGCCGGUCACCUUUCAAGCUCCAAGAACGUAGACAUACCUCGAGAAAGCUAGAGAUCAAACUUGGCUUGACCUCUCUCAGUAACUCUUCAUCACCAACCCGCCAAACACGCCAAUUCGAAUCGCCAGUCACUCCACUUGGCUCAGAGUUUUUGUUUUUCCCGAGUCCAGCGACUACCGAGUCGCCAUCUCCACCAGCAGUUUUAGAGGAGGAGAAGGCCAUAGCUGAAAAGGGUUUUUACUUGCAUCCGUCGCCGUUGAAUACACCAAGAGGGAGCGAGCCACCUGAGCUGCUGCCUCUGUUUCCAUUGAGUUCACCGAGUCAGAGCAAUCAAGAUUAGGUUUAUCUUGGUGUUGAGAACAUGUUUAAAGAAACACUAAACGUAUCUGUAUCUUGCAUCAAGUUUUUGUUCUGGGUUUUUAAAGAAUGUAAGAAACAUUUGCCAUGUUUUAGGUUUUUUUUCCCCCUUUCCCAGUCUUGUUCCUAUCUUGCAAGUGGUUUUUGCAUUAUCAGAGAAGAUGAUGAUGAUGCCUGUGGAAUUUCAAUGGCACUACUGUUGAUCAAUGGAAGUGAUAAUGAUUGAUUGA